GUCUCUGUUUAAAUCCCAGCCCCGUCACUGGCUAGCCUACUGAACAGCAGACUCAGUCUUUCUGUGCCCGUUUCUUGAGCUGUGGAACAUACAAGAUAGGACUUAUACAUUGAAGAUGUGUAAGCUUUAAUUACAUGAAACAUGCUGAGCAUAUCAUGAGCACACGAGCAGCACUGAGUAAACGCGGGCGGUCAAGGAGCCUAGGAAGAAUGGAAAUGGCGGGAGCAUCUCUUGACCUCUCCGAGGAGCAGAAUAUUUUAGAACCACUGGUCUAGCUCAUGGGCUUUGAAGUGAGACCUGAAUGUAACUCCAGUUUCCUACCAGGGUCAGGAGAUUGGAGCAUGGCUAUGAGCAAUGGAAACAGCGAUUGUGUGGUUCUGAGCAAUGGCAGCCUCGCAGCCAGUGCAGCCCCCCCGAGCCCCCUGCCCCCCUCGGACGGAGACCUUGCCGCCCAGCAGCUCCCACCCAAAGAGGCACCAAGAGCCAAAGUGAGUCCAAACGGAUGCCUGCAAGCGAAUGGCACAGUCAAACCCUCCUUCCUGCCUUUAGACAACCAAAGAACGACGCAGCUGUUGCCGCCAUGCUGCCACCCUUGCCCAUACCAUCACCCGUUGACUAGCCACAGCAGUCACCAGGAGUGCCACCCCGAGGCCGGCUCGGCGUCCCCGUCUGCUUUGGCCUCGUGUUGCCUGCAGCCCCACUCAGAGUAUUCGGCACCCCUGUGUCCACACCAUGCCCCCGUUUACCAGACCGCGUGCUGCCUCCAGCCCUCUCCCUCCUUCUGCCUGCAUCACCCCUGGCCCGACCAUUUUCAGCACCAGCCUGUGCCACAGCACGUAGCCAACAUCAGACCAUCCAGACCUUUCAAGUUACCAAAAAGUUACGCGGCCCUGCUCGCCGACUGGCCCGUGGUGGUCCUGGGCAUGUGCACUGUGCUCAUCGUGGUCUGUGCCUUGGUCGGAGUGUUGGUGCCGGAGCUUCCCGACUUCUCUGACCCGUUGCUGGGUUUUGAACCAAGAGGGACUACAAUAGGCCAGAGACUGGUCACGUGGAAUAACAUGGUGAAAAACACGGGAUACAAAGCAACGUUAGCCAAUUAUCCCUUUAAAUAUGCAGAUGAGCAAGCCAAAAGCCAUCGGGAUGACAGAUGGUCGGACGACCAUUAUGAAAGAGAAAAGAGAGAAGUGGACUGGAACUUCCACAAAGACAGCUUUUUCUGCGAUGUUCCAAGUGACCGCUAUUCCAGGGUAGUGUUUGCUUCAGCCGGAGGAGAGACGUUAUGGAAUUUACCAGCAAUUAAAUCGAUGUGCAAUGUAGAUAAUUCAAGGAUCAGGGCGCACCCCCAGUUCAGCGACCUCUGCCAGCGGACCACGGCCGCCUCCUGCUGCCCCAGCUGGACGCUGGGCAACUACAUCGCCAUCCUGAACAACCGGUCGUCCUGUCAGAAGAUCGUGGAGCGGGACGUGACCCACACGCUGAAGCUGCUCCGCGCCUGCGCCAAGCACUACCAGAACGGCACGCUGGAGCCCGACUGCUGGGACGCGGCCGCCCGGAGGAAGGACCAGCUCAAGUGCGCCCACGUGCCGCGCAAGUGCACCAAGUACAACGCUGUCUACCAGAUCCUGCACUACCUGGUGGACAAGGACUUCCUGGCCCCGAGGGCGGCCGACCACUCCGCGCCCACCCUCAAGUACAGCAUGCUCUUCUCGCCCACCGAGAAGGGGGAGAGCAUGAUGGGCAUCUACCUGGACAACUUCGAGCACUGGAACGCGUCCGACGGCGUCACCACCGUCACCGGCAUCGAGUUUGGGAUCAAGCACAGCCUGUUCCAGGACUACCUGCUGAUGGACACCGUGUACCCCGCCAUCGCCAUCGUCAUCGUCCUGCUCGUCAUGUGCGUCUACACCCGGUCCGUGUUCAUCACGCUCAUGACCAUGUUCGCCAUCAUCAGCUCCCUGAUCGUCUCCUACUUCCUCUACCGCGUGGUGUUCAACUUCGAGUUCUUCCCCUUCAUGAACCUCACGGCGCUCAUCAUCCUGGUGGGGAUCGGGGCCGAUGACGCCUUCGUCCUGUGCGACGUCUGGAACUACACCAAGUUCGACAAGCCCCAGGCCGACACCGCGGAGACGGUGGGCGUCACCCUGCAGCACGCUGCCCUGUCCAUGUUCGUCACCAGCUUCACCACGGCCGCCGCCUUCUACGCCAACUACGUGAGCAACAUCACGGCCAUCCGCUGCUUCGGGGUGUACGCGGGCACCGCCAUCCUGGUCAACUACCUGCUGAUGGUCACGUGGCUGCCCGCCGUGGUCGUGCUGCACGAGCGGUACCUGCUCAACAUAUUCACCUGCUUCCGGAAGCCCCAGCCGCAGGUGUACCCCCACAAGAGCUGCUGGGCGGCCGCGUGCCGGGCGGGCCACAAGGCCCUGUUUGCCGUCUCCGAGGCCUCGCGCAUUUUCUUCGAGAAGGUGUUGCCCUGCAUCGUCAUUAAGUUCCGCUACCUCUGGCUGUUCUGGUUCCUCGCCCUGACCGUGGGGGGCGCCUACAUCGUGUGCGUGAACCCCAAGAUGAAGCUGCCCUCCUUGGAGCUGUCCGAGUUCCAGGUGUUCCGGUCGUCUCACCCCUUCGAGCGCUACGACGCCGAGUACAAGAAGCUCUUCAUGUUCGAGCGCGUCCACCACGGCGAGGAGCUGCACAUGCCCAUCACGGUGAUCUGGGGGGUGUCCCCCGAGGACAACGGCAACCCGCUGAACCCCAAGAGCAAAGGCAAGCUGACCUUGGACAGCAGCUUCAACAUCGCCAGCCCCGCGUCCCAGGUCUGGAUUCUGCACUUCUGCCAGAAGCUGCGAAACCAGACCUUCUUCUACCAGACGGACGAGCAGGACUUCACCAGCUGCUUCAUCGAGACCUUCAAGCGCUGGAUGGAGAACCAGGACUGCGACGAGCCGGCCCUGUACCCCUGCUGCAGCCGCUGGAGCUUCCCCUACAAGCAGGAGGUCUUCGAGCUGUGCAUCAAGAGGGCCAUCAUGGAGCUGGAGCGCAGCACGGGGUACCACCUGGACAGCAAGACCCCGGGGCCCCGCUUCGACAUCAACGACACCAUCCGGGCCGUGGUCUUGGAGUUCCCGAGCACCUACCUCUUCACGCUGGCCUACGAGAAGAUGCACCAGUUCUACCGGGAGGUGGACGCGUGGAUCUCCCGCGAGCUGAGCUCGGCCCCCGAGGGCCUGGGCAACGGCUGGUUCGUCAGCAACCUGGAGUUCUACGACCUGCAGGACAGCCUCUCGGACGGCACCCUGGUCGCCAUGGGGCUCUCCGUGGCCGUGGCCUUCAGCGUGAUGCUGCUCACCACCUGGAACGUGAUCAUCAGCCUCUACGCCAUCGUCUCCAUCGCGGGGACCAUAUUUGUGACGGUCGGCUCUCUCGUCCUGCUGGGCUGGGAACUGAACGUGUUGGAGUCUGUCACCAUCUCGGUGGCGGUGGGCCUGUCGGUGGACUUCGCCGUCCACUACGGGGUGGCGUACCGCCUGGCCCCGGACGCCGACCGGGAGGGGAAGGUGGUCUUCUCCCUGAGCCGCAUGGGCUCCGCCAUCGCCAUGGCCGCCCUGACCACCUUCGUGGCCGGGGCCAUGAUGAUGCCGUCCACCGUCCUGGCCUACACCCAGCUGGGCACCUUCAUGAUGCUCAUCAUGUGCAUCAGCUGGGCCUUCGCCACCUUCUUCUUCCAGUGCCUGUGCCGGUGCCUCGGGCCGCAGGGCACCUGCGGGCAGAUCCCUCUGCCCAGGAAGCUCCAGUGCAGCGCCUUCGCCCACCCCUCGCCCGCGAGUCCUCGGGACAAGGGACCCAGCAAAACGCACAGCGUGAAUGCUUAUCACGCGGGUCCCCGGGGCCAGAAAUCGGACACGGAGCAUGAGUUCUACGAAUUGGAGCCUCUGGCGUCCCCCAGUCGCCCCGCCUCUGAGAAGGCCGCCUACGAAGAGACCCAAGUCUGCUCCGAGUGUCUCAGCGGCCCGGCCAAGAGCGCGGGGAUGCCCGUGCCCGCAGCUUACAACGGCGAGCUCGGCCAGAUGUGCACACCCAAGAACAACUCGCCAAGUGACCAGAUCAACACCGUUUCCAUGGACUUCCCUGAGCAUGAGCAUGAGCGGUUGCAGCAUGAGCGUGACCACACGCCGGCCAGCUAG